GCUACACAUCAGCAGGCAUGACAGCUGGAUACACAUGCCAGUUUGCAAGUUGAAAAAAUACUGGAAGAGUUUUCUUAUAGUGGUCUUUCUUAUAGUGGUCCUUGUAACAGUAUUAUAUUUCAGUUGUUCAAAAAGUACCAAAGCUAUGGAAUGUUCAGAGGAGUGGAUUGGAGUAAGAAGGAAGUGCUUCUAUUUUUCUAAUGAUACCAGAAAUUGGACAGCCAGUAAAAGAUUUUGCAGUUCACAGGGAUCAGAACUUGCUCAGAUUGAUACACCAGAGGAGAUGAAAUUUUUGAAGAAGCACGCAGGACCUUCUAUGUACUGGAUUGGAUUAAGCAGAAAACUAGGAGAGUCUUGGAAAUGGACAAGUGGCACUACAUUCAAUGCUGGGUUUGAAAUCAGUGGGAAUGGACCCUUUGCUUUUUUGAAUUCUGAUGGAGUCCACAGUUCCAGAGGAUUUGUUGAUAUCAAGUGGAUUUGCAGCAAACCAAUAUCUAAAACAGAAUAA